AUGCCGCCAUGCGUUGCCGUUCACUGCCACCCAGCGGCGCGCGGCAUUGGCGCCUACAGCCGCCCGACAAGCACGACCCGUGCCGACCAUUCAGCCCCCACGCCGUUCCGGCCGGCGCGCGCUAGAGCUCGCGAUCCCGCUGGAGUGCGGGCGCGCCCCGCCUCGUGCGCGAGUGCCCGCUCGAAGGCUGGCUGCUUGGGGCAAGGCAGGCGCAGUAGCGCGCGCAGAGUGUGCUCGCCGCGCGUGCAGGCGGACGAUGCGGCGGAGAGAGCAACAGCAGAGGCGGACCCGUUGGAGCAGUUUGCACGCAUCGACCACGGCAGGCAGGCGCGCACCGGCAUGCCCGAGGUGGUGUACGGGCAGGGCAAGACGCCACAGCAGAUAGCCGCCAUCCUCACGGCCAUGGGGGAGAGGGCCGGCCAGUCAGGGGGUCAGGGGGGCGGGCAGAGGGUUGUCAUGGCCACCAGGGUUGAUGCUGAGGCUGCACAGCAGGUGUGUGCGCUGCUGCCUUCCGCCAUCUACCACCCACUGGCCCGCGUGCUGCACCUGCCACUGCCCCUGCCGCCCGCAGGAGGCGCAGAGGCGAGUGAGGCUGGCGAGAGUGAGAGUGGUGCUGGUAGUGCUGCUGAGAACGUGGGUGACAGUGGUGGAGGGAGAGAGGGGGCGAGCGGGCAUGUGAUGGUGGUGACUGCUGGCACCACAGACCUUCCCGUGGCCGAGGAGGCGAGGGUGACUCUGGAGCUCAUGGGGGUGCCGGUGAGCCUCAUCGCCGAUGUGGGCGUGGCAGGGCUGCACCGCGUCAUCACCCAGCUUCCCAGGAUCCGGCAGGCAGCAGUGGUGAUAGUGGUGGCGGGCAUGGAUGGCGCUCUGCCAAGUGUCAUCUCGGGACUGGUGGACAUGCCAGUCAUUGCCGUGCCCACCAGUGUGGGGUACGGAGCAUCAUUUGGCGGCGUGGCAGCGCUGCUGGCAGCGCUCAAUGCGUGUGCACCGGGUGUCACCGUUGUGAACAUUGACAAUGGCUUUGGUGCCGCUGCUGCGGCUGCACGCAUUCUUCUAAGGAGUCAAUCGUGA